ACAAAUAUCAACCGUAUACACAAUUAAUUAUUACUACUACCACUCCUGUAAUUCUAAUUCACCAUGCAAUCCUCCCGCUGGGCCAAGGACCCUGCCGCCCCAGCCUCCCCCCCGCCAGCUUCCUCCUCCACAGAACCAGCUCCGCAACCUGCGCCUGAGCCAGCUGUUCAUGAGGAACCGCAAGCUCCAGCACAGGAACCAGAAGCUGCACCAGCCCCAGCGCAAACAGCAAUACCACAAUUCGAAGAGCCGAUACCGGUUGAGAGUUCCUCUUUCUCCACAUGUACGCCGACUUCAACCCCGAAGACGAGUUCGCGCAAACCCGACCCCCAGAUGACCUCUUCGACGACGACUUCACGCCCAUGCCGGAGCCUGUUGUCGAGCCGAGUCCUGUUGUUGAAGCUAGCCCCGUUGUUUCAGCACCUAACCCACCACCUAAUGCGCCCCACGGACCGCGAGACCAAGGCCAGAGGGGAAGGGGAAGGGGAAGGGGAAGGGGGAAUAGGGGACAUGGGAGGGGUGGCAGAGGAGAGCAUCAGGGAGGAAGGGAGCAUCAGACACAGGGCGGUGGGGGAAGUAUGCAGGCUUCAGCUCACGCUCCUGCGGCUCACGCGCCUCCCGUAGAGAAGGAGGAACUGGAGAAGCCUGUGGUGGCGAAGAAGGUUGCGAAUGGAGAGGCAGAAGCGGAAGGUGAGGGCGAUGGCGCCAAAGCGGCUUUGCAUCAAACGCCUGCGAGGGAGGGCGCGGUGAGAGGGGACAGGAGUGGGACGGGGGGUGUGAAAAGGACCAAACUCACCGAAGCCGAACUCUCCGCCCGCCUCGCCUCCAUCUCCCUCAAAAACUCCCUCCGCACCGCCGCCCACGCCCGCGCCGAAGCCGACCUCGCGUCGUUCGAAGCCCGCGAGGCGCAAGCCGCCCACCACAAUGCCGAGAAGCGCAAGCAACUGCAGCAGAGGCAGAAGGCCGAUCGCCAAAACCGCGCGCAGAUGAUGGGUGAGCGCGAGCGGAACGCGCAGCGGAAACUACAAGCGAUGGGUGGCCGGGAGUGGGAUCUGGAGAAGGAGGAGGGGUUUGGGGGCACGGGAGAGGAGAAGAGGGGUGCCGCGAGGAGGGGCGCGUUUGGGGGCGUUGUGGGGGGUGUGCCUGCUGCGAGGGAGGAGGGUGCUGGGGAGGAGGAGGCGCCGAGUACGCCGAGUCAUAGGGGCGGUGAGCGAGGAGGUCGAGGCAGAGGACGAGGACGGGGCGGACGGGGUGGAAGGGGUGACGCCGCGAACUCUACGCCCCAUGCCGCGCAUACUCCCAAGGCCCAGAAACCUCCCGGUGCAGAGGACUUCCCGGAUCUACCAGUCAAAGAAAAGAAGGCAGAGGAUCAGGCGGAGGAUAAGCCGAAGAUUCUAGAUUUCCCGAUCAAAGGGAAAGCGACGAAGCUUGAUACGAGUGUUGUGGCAGAGACGAAGGAGAGCAAGGAGACGGUGGCGAGUCCGAGGCCGGGACAGCUGAAGCAACAGGAGAGUUUUGGAUUGCCGAGUCCAGCUGCGGGGAGGAGUUGGGCGGAUCAAGUUGAGGGUGCUUCAUAGAGCAGGAUAGAUAGGUGGGUAGAGUAGCAUUGUGAUACUCAUAAAAAAAAAUUGGGACGUGUGUCAAGCGGACAGUUUGGCAUAGAAAAUUCCAUUUGGCAUUUUGGCAUCUGCAGUGGGUUGAGAAAGUGUUGUUGAUGCCUCAGAGACUUGGGCGGCUAAUGUGGGAGACUGCUGAUAAGAGACGAGAGCAGGAUUGGGAGAUCAUCCGUACACCGCUACAGAGUACAAGAUCUUGUUAUAUUAAUUCCUGUGAGUCUUGAGAAGAACUCUUGUCUAUGAAUCUGCUGAGGACUCAAGGCUGCAAGUUCGACUCAAGUUAAAAUCCCACAACCAUGGACAUGCGGUAUCAAAAGUCUCUAUAAACUUUCUCUCUACAUACAAGGGUAGCUUUGGUAUAUCUCAACUAUCACUCUCGGUUU